AUGCGAAAGACACUCGUGCUCGUGUUCAUCCACGGUUUUCAGGGCGAUGAUGACACCUUCGCCUCAUUUCCGAAGCAUCUUCAAGCUCUUGUCAACCAUGCGCUUCCAAAUAUCGACGUUGUGCCUCUAAUUUACCCCAAGUUCGAGACCCGGGGAGCCCUCCCGCAAGCGGUUGCGGCCUUUCGAGAAUGGCUGCAAGACAAAAUCAUCGACAUCGAGGUUGCGCACAAUACCCCCUCGCCCACAGUCGACCCCUCUGUUCAUACUGUUCUGAUCGGGCAUUCGAUGGGCGGCAUCAUCGCAGCUGAGACUUAUCUUCUCCUCGCUUCCGAGCAACCCGUCACGGCCUCCGCCUCCGCCAUGAAUCCUGAAACCCCAAACUUUCCUUCAAAUACGACGAUGAACUCUACGACAGGUAGUACGCACCCGAAUCCAGUCGCAGCCGCGAUGCCCGACACAUCCGCAACUCUUAUGUUCCCUCAUAUCCAAGCUGUCAUUUCAUUCGAUACCCCCUUCCUCGGUCUCGCUCCCAGCAUGGUAGCCAGCCAAGUCGAAGGUGCACACGGGGUGGCCUCGACAGCAUACAAUACUUACAACGAGGCGGCUAAGAUGUUCGGUUGGGGCGCCAAUCCCGCUGCGCCUGCCCCCAACUCUGCCAAAGCACUGCCCGCACCAGCAGUCUCGCCCCUGGAUGAUGCGGCUGCGGCGCCGAAGUGGCAGAGUUGGGGAAAGGUGGCCAUGUUUGCGGGUGCGGCGGGUGCCGUGGCGGCUGGCGGUGCGGCAGCACUGUACAGCCAACGAGAGAAAAUCAGUGCCGGCUGGGGUUGGGCGAGUAGUCAUCUGCUGUUUGUUGGCGAUCUGGUCAAGGCAGAAAGUCUGAAGAGAAGAGUAGAGAUGCUGGAAAAGGCAACGGCUGAGCGGAAUGGAAAGUGCGCCAACAUAUACACCAACCUCGGCAAGGGGAAGCGUGAGGGCAGCGUGAGCGGAGGGGGUGGAAAGCGGACAUUCGCCAACUUGCCAAAUAAGGUGACAGGGAAGGGCAAGUCAGAGUUUCAGGGUGGCAUGAAGUGGAUCGAGGCCGUCAACGACAAGGCCAAAGACGAGAUUUCCGCGCAUUGCAGCAUGUUCACGCCACGAGACAAUCCCGGGUUUUAUGCCCUGGGUGAAAAAGCCAAAGUCUGCGUUGUCGACAGCGUUGACCGCACCUGGUACGAAUCGAGCGAAAAAAAAGUCCGAUCCGACAUGUACAGCCAAGAAGGGACGACGGCGCUUGGAGACGGCGAGGCGUGGGAGAAGGCGGAGCCAGAGGAGCAUAAAUGGGAAGGGGUUGACGGCGGAUCGGACGCGGACGAUGUCAAGAUGACCGAGAGUUAUGAGGGAUUAAACAAGGGUUCCCGCGCCCAAGAGGAGCUGGAGGACAGUGUCAUUGUGGACAAGGCAGAGAAAGAGAACGGUCACGUGCCUCCGCCAGAAAGCAAUCCAUGGACGACCGCCUAG